AUGCUCCUGGGCAAACGCACCGCCGCCGCUCUCGCGCGGCCAACAACCCGCAUACCAGCAGCAACAGCACCAACAUCACUCCGCACUUUCACCACAACACCGCCGGCGCACGACGUCGCAUCCUCCGCAACCCCUCAACGUCCCACGCGCAUGCCCUCCCGCGUAAAAACACCCUGGAUCGAAGCUCUCACCAAAUCCCGUGAGGAAGCGCGCGCCGCAGCCGCCGUCGCGGCCGGAGGAGGUCCCAAAGAUGCAAACGUAACCUCGACAGCGGCGAAGGUGGACACGACGCCGAAGAAGAUGAGUGAUAGCCAUUAUAGUGUUGUGUUGCCAUUGGCGCAGGAUAAGUGGUUGUUGGAUAGUUAUUUGAAUGCUACGGGGCAUAUUCGGUUGGGCUCGUUGCUUAUGGACCUCGAUGCUCUGGCUGGUAUUAUCGCCUACCGACACACAGGCGAUAAUGUGACAACCGUCACCGCCGCCGUGGAUCGUAUUACCAUCGAGCAUCCGCUGAUGGAGAUCUGUGACCUCGAACUCAGCGGACAGGUCACCUACGCCACAGGACGAUCGAGUAUGGAGAUCUCCCUGCAGGUUGCCAAGGUCCCGCCGCAGGGGCAGAGCGUCAAGCCAGAUGAUGUGUUGAUUACCUGUGCGUUUACGAUGGUGUCGCUUGACCCCGUCACCAAGAAGCCAGUCAACGUUGCGCCGCUGGUGCUGGAGACAGAAGAGGAGAAGGGGUUGUUCACGAAGGGCGAAGAGAAUUACAAGGCCAAGAAAGCCCUCCGCACGCGGAGUUUGCUUGAAAAGGCGCCUGAUGACGAGGAAUCAAACCUCAUCCACUCUAUGUGGAAACAAGAGGUUUCCUACCGAGACCCCCAAAGUCCUAUUCAACGGCCCCAAAACACCUCCUUUAUGUCCUCCACCGUCCUAACCAGCGCCAUGAUCAUGCAGCCCCAAGACCGCAACCGCCACAGCUUCAUGAUCUUCGGCGGCUUCCUGCUAAAACACACCUUCGAGCUGGCCUUCUGCUGCGCCGCAUCUUUCUCCCACACCCGUCCUAACUUCUUAGCCCUGGAUCCAAGUACCUUUGAGAACCCGGUUCCCGUGGGCAGUGUCCUGUAUCUGAGGGCGACAGUGUCGUACACCGAGCCAUACGACGCACCCGCGACAGGACUGAGAGAAGAAGAUGGCAGUGGUGACGGUGGGAAGUACACCAAGGUGCAAGUCCGCGUGGACUCGAAGGUCCGGGACGUCGAGCACGGGACGAAGAAGAGCACGGGGAUGUUCCAUUAUACGUUCCUGGUGGACCGUGAUGUGCAGGUUAUGCCGAAGGAGUAUGGGGAGUUUAUGAUUUGGACGGAUGCGAGGAGACGCGCACAGAAUGCGGCUGCGAUCUUGCCGGGUUCGAAGUAUAACACGCUCAGGGUUAUUAAGGAUAGUGUUACGGAGUGA